AAGUCGGGUCAUCGCAGUGGAGUGAGUUGGGAACGCAUGAAGGUGGUGGCCGAUAUGGUCUUCGUCGCUCCGCAAAUGCCCAUUUGGUUUUACACGAGUACGGGGCUUAUGGCCGGCAGGACACUGCAGGAGGCGUUCGACGACUCCAUCGAGAAGCAGCCAAUGACGCUUAUGGCCAACUACAUGCUCUGGCCAGCGGCCAACUCGAUCACAUACGGAGUGAUGCCGCUCGAGUACCGAUUGCUGUUUGCAAACUGCGUGCACCUCGGGUGGGCUUCCUUCCUCUCCUAC